AUUCGAUCUCCUGUUUUACUCAGUCUCCUUCACAUCCAACAAAUCCGCUCAUAUCAGACCUGUUCAGCGUUAAAAUUGUUUACCCUUCUCAGUUUCAACAGCAUCUUAGCUAUUUCCUUUCCUUUCUGUAUCAUCAUCGUUACUUUCAUACAUUCUGUAAUUAAUAUAGCAAGAAAUACACCCAAAAACAUUUUUAUCCAAGAUUUUGAUGCUAAAAAUAUGACCCUUAAGGGUGGCACCAGCCAAGCUUGUGCUUCAUGCAAAUACCAGAGAAGAAAAUGCUCUACUGAGUGUCCUUUAGCCCCUUACUUCCCACCUGACCAACCAAAGAUGUUCCAAAAUGCUCAUAAAUUAUUUGGUGUAAGAAACAUUACUAAGAUGCUCGAAACUCUUGACGCCCCUCAAAAGCAAGAAGCAAUGCGUUCUAUCAUCUACCAAGCAAAUAUUCGCGAAAGGUUUCCUGUACAUGGCUGCUGGGGCAUCAUCUGUCAGCUUCAUUAUCAGAUUAGGCAAACUGAAGAAGAAAUACAUGCCGUACAUGCACAGCUUGAGAUGUACAGGCAACAUCAUCAGCAUCACAUCUCUUCUUUAACCGAUGAUGUGGCUUCGCAACUAGAAUUAGGUAUGGCUCCUCCUAAUAAUGCCCUUUCGCUUUUCGGUCACACUUCUACUCCUCAGCCUUACAAUGUGUCUGGCAUGCCUGUUUCCCAGCAGCAUUCCUACUCUAAUAGCAGUAAUGCUGGUUACAGCUCUGGUUACUUGGAUUCUAAGGAUCAUUUAUGGGUUCAGCAUCCGUAUGCUACUACUAAUAAUAACAAUACCAAUUCAAUGGCGAUUCAGUCUCAGUUGGUUGCGUCACAGCCACUAGCUAUCCAACAAGUUGUUCAAGAUUAUGAUGAGAUACAUCCGUUUUUCGACACUAUUGAUGAUAGGCAAUCUUACAUUGAUUCUAAAGAGCCUUACGACUCAAGUUCGGAAGAAUCAUUGAAGGACACGACACAGUCUAUUGAGCAUGUUGCCGAAAACGAAUUGAAGAGUGCUGCUGCAUGCUUUAGCCUUACCAGUGUCAAUUGAGCCACAUAAACUGAUUAGCCUUUUCUAUUUUGAUAGUUUUAAUUAAUCAAUGAGCUCAAGAAUAGUACUGAUGAUGUCAAAUCUUUCAUUUUUCCUUUCUUUUUUCUUUUUGGACAUUUCCCUUAAUCCACAUCAUAGAGUACAUUCUACAGUUUUGAACCUUUUUCCCCCUCCUGUAGAACUUUUAUAAUUGAUUUUAGAAUCAAUAGUUUAAUUUAUUAAGUCUUCUUGUUUCAAUAACUGAAAUCUUCCUUGGGUGCCUGGAGGCUGGUCAAAUUCUUGCGGAACAAUAUAUGCUAUGGGGAUGAUCAGCUAAUUAUUUGACAAA